AUGCGCUUCCAACGAGUUGGUCGAUUCCGUGUAAAGGAUCCCAUCAGUGAGCCUCUCAAUCUCUUCCUCAAACAUGAUGAACCAACAAGGAUUUUCGUCAUUUUCAAUCAUAAAGUUAUUGAAUCCAAUCUGUUUCGAUGUGAAAAUAUCAAUUGCAACUUGUCUUUCACAAGAAAGUUGGAACUCGAGCGCCAUGACUGUUCCAGAGCUCGUCAAAUAGAACCAAGUCUCAAACCGUACGGUAAAAACAUCAAUCCCCUUGUCGACAUGAUCGAGCUAGGCGUUUUGGAUCGUAAAUAUUCAAAAUAUCGAAAGACGUCAUUUGUGAGCUUUGAUAUAGAAACUUACGAAAAUCCGUUGAAUGAAAAACGACAAGAAACCGAAAUCCACUCGUCUCUCAAACUGCUGUCAAUUGGAAUCGGGUCAAACUUUGGAUACGAAAAAUUCAUAGCUCGCCAAGGAGACGAUUCAGAUCACGCUCACAACAUGGUUGAAGAAUUUGUCUUUGCUCUCGAAGAGCUCUCUCAAUCACCAGAAACUGCUCUACCUCUGGAUUUUGACGUUGCUCUUGAAAAGCUUAAUGAGCUUAUUCAAAACGAGACAAGCAUCAAGGAAAAAAUGCGAUUAUCAUCUUUGCGAAAUCAGUUCAAACAGUACUGCGUCAUGAACGUCUUCGGAUUCAAUUCGGCAAAGUUUGAUUUGGUUGUCUUGGCACCUUAUCUCAUCCCAUUACUCAAGGAAAGGUAUCCAAAGUCUUUCAACGUAAUUAAAAAGGGAUCCUCCUUCUUUAUCGUCUCAACAGAAAGAUUUGUGUUCAAAGAUGCCAUGCUUUUCGGAGCACCGACAAGUUUGGCUGGCUAUCUCAAACAGUCUGGAAUCACAGAACAAAAAUCAAUCUGGCCAUACGAGCUUUUUCAUAGUGUCAAUGAUAUUCGAAAUUGUUUUCAGUUUCCUAAUUACGAGAGUUUUUUUUCGAAUCUCAAAAGUUCCAAUGUUGAUUACGAUGAUUAUUUGACAGAAAUGAACAAAUUUGAAAGACUCAAAGCGCAAAAUCCGCAAACAACAAUGAUGGACUGGCUCAAGCACUACAAUAUGCUAGAUGUCAACCCUUUCGCCAAGGCAAUCGCGAUUCAAUUCGAAAUCUUCCAUGAAGCAUUCGGAGUGGAUCCAUCCAUGUGCAGUAGUCUACCGAAGUUUGCAAUGAUCUGCCUCUUUGAUUUGUACUCAAAAUCAUCGCCAUUGUCUUUUUCUUUUGGUCCAUCAAGCGCGGAAGAACAUCAGUUGUUUCGUGACAAUAUUAUGGGUGGACUCGUCAACGUAUUUUCACGAUACACAGAGCUACGAGAAGAUGUUUCUGCUCCUCACAAUGCAAAAUUUGCUCCGAACGGAGAUAAAUUUACGAAAAUAAUCUUUCUUGAUUUCAAUGCAUUGUAUCUCUAUGCUCAGAAUCAAGAAAUGCCGACAACACCUGGAAUCCGCUGGAUUCGUGAUGGAAAUCUGUUUCGAAAGCAGAUCAUGUCGAGUGGAAACAGUCUCGCUGCUCUUGAAUGGCUCACUUUCAUCGACGAAUACAGCCCGUUGCUGAUAACCAAUGAUGGCAAACGCGUUCCACUAGAACAUCAAUACUACCGUGGCGAAAAACAACUUUUCGACUGGACGAUCGACGGCUACGCUCUUGUUGAUGGUACCGAGCUCUUCUUUGAGUUUCUUGGCUGCUACUACCACUCUUGCUGUCCGGAAUGCAAGCCUGGACAGACAGAUGAAAAUUGGGAACAAAAGAAAUCCUACCUUGAAAGUCGAGGACAGCUUAUCUUCAUUCAUGAGUGCGAAUGGAAAAGACUCUCUUAUCGUCAUUUCAAAAAACGAUCUAAACAUUGGGGACUGAUGUUUCAGCGGCACAAUGAAGAGGAUCUUCUCGCUGAAAUCAAGGAUGACAAUGUUUUUGGAUUCAUCGUCGCUGAUAUUCACUGUCCUGAAGAAAUCGAGGCUAAAAUCAAGCAUCUCAACUUCCCUCCAGUUAUACAGCGUAUGACUAUAACUGAGGAUUUGGUCUCUCCAUACAUGAAAGAGCGAGCAAAUGCAGCUGGUAGAAAGAUUGAGCAGAACACCGUCGUUCAAACCUUUAACGGCACUCAGCAGCUGAUAUUGACAAAAGUGGCAAAAUUCUACAUGGAUCUUGGACUAAAAGUAAGAAAUGUCUCCCGUUUUGUCCAGUAUCGUGCUGAUCGCUGUCUUGGGAACUUUUGCAAUACCAUUACUGAAGGACGGAUAAAAUCGCUUGAGGAGAAAAACAAGUCACUUGCCCUUGCUUUCAAAACCGUCGGCAAUUGCGGCUACGGCAAGAUGGGGGAGAUUGUGGAUCGUCCAAGGGUCAAUUUUUGCAAUGAAGAUCAACUUGCGAGAGCUGUUCAAAAACCAAACUUCAAGUUUACGGAGCCGCUCACGAGGGAAGAUGGAGAUUACGAACUUUCACAAGUGACAGUAACACCUUCAAAAAUCAUGGACAACAAACCAAUCGUUCUCGCCGUCGCGAUUCUUCAGCAAUCGAAAUUGUUAUUUCUACGAUUCGUCUAUGAUUUUCUAUUCAAGUACCUCGAGGAAGGAAGUUUCAAGCUCAAUUAUUGCGACACUGAUUCAUUAGCGAUCUCAACGACGAGGACGGCUCCAUCGGGCGAAACGCGCAAAUCCAAAAUUGCAUCGACUUUCUUGCCAAUUGUGAAGCCGCAUCUUCGAAAAGCCUUUUUACGAGAAUGGCAGAACUGGUUUGUUUUAAAAGACACUCACCGUAAUGAGAAAACUCCUGGUUUGAUGAAAACGGAAUGGGAAACAGACUGUGGUGCUCUUAUAGCUCUUGGAAAUAAACUCUACAUCGGAAUCGAUCCUGAAACUGAUGAAAAGAAGAGAUCUACAAAAGGAAUUCCUCACAAUGUCGAAAUCGAAUCUGAGCUUUUGAAACUUACGAAUUUAUUUGGAAGCGAGCAACUCACUCUCGACGAUGACGAGUAUGCUUUCUUUGAGAGAAUAGGAAAUAUGAGACAGCUGAGGAAUUACUUGAUCAUCAAUCCUCCAAAACCAAAUCGGAUCGUCGAAACUGCUGUUUUGAUUCUGCUCGUUGAUGAUCAAUUUGCACUGACCGAAGUUUUAAACGCUCUCAACGAGUUUCUCAAUCCUCCGUACCGGCUGCUCAUUGACUUUUCCUUUUUACUUGAAAAACCAGAUGCGAUAGAUGAAGAGAGUCGAUUCCGAUACUCUUGGGCUCAAAUGAGUACCAGCUUACCUCUCGACAUCAAUCUUAUCAAAGAUGACAUAUCUUUCGAAAAACUCUUGACAGAGCUUCCUUCAAUGCCUGAAAUUCCUGACAUUGUUGCACGAUCUCAUUCCAACCAGAGUCAUUAUAACGAGUCUGGAUAUCAGCUCCGAAAAAUUCUAACCUGCAACAUAUUCAUAACCAAAUUUGAGUAG